AAGUAAUUCUAUCGCUCAACUCAAUAACGAACUCAUUUAAUUUUUUAUAUUUUAUAAAUAAACAGGCUUUGUAAAUAAACAAGGUUGAUGCUCGAUUCAACUUGACUCAAUAAGCUCGUUUGCAUUCCUCAAUAAGGACUCACCAAUCUCACUUUGGAUAAUCUGCCUCUGGCUUUUUAGCCAAAAAGAAAGGUAACUGUGGAAUUGAAAUGCCAAGAUGCAAGUCCUCGCGGCCUGGGGCUCCCCUCCCUUUCUUCCCGACUCCCCGCGACAAUCAAAUUCCAAACAACAAUUUCCGCCCAAACUCCACUGCAGCAUGGAAAAGCAGAGCCAAACAGGUCUGAGAAGCACUUGGCCAUCCAUCUCCCUCGCCCUCUUCUCAUCAGGCUUCAUCUUGGGUCCUCUCCUCGAUGGAAUCCAUUCAAGGGUUAAUCUCGUCUUCUACCAAAAUGGAUCAAUCGAGGUCGGCCCACUUCACACAAAUAUCUGGGUUCCUCCUUUGCUUGGAUUGUUUUACUGCAGUGUUGGGUUGCUGCAACUCUUCCUGGAUGAGAAGUUCUUCCCUAUGGAGGUUUCAGGGGGGAGAGCCGGGAAAGCAGUGGUUUCGCUCAUAGUUCUGGUGUUAUUUAUUGAAUUGAGUGCCGAGAUGUACAAAGCUGGGGUAGCAGACAAUGUAGAAGCCUACAUACUAUUUGCAGUGGCAGAGUUCAUAUGGUUUGUCCUGGACAGGACAUGGCAGGGGUUCGCCCUAGCUUGCAUUGUAGGAGUUUGCUGUCCGCUGGCUGAAAUUCCCAUAAUGAAGUUUUUUCACCUUUGGUACUAUCCAGGAUCAAACAUUGAAAUCUUCGGUGAGGGAUUAAUCACUUGGACAACCUGUUGCUAUUUUGUUUACACUCCAUUCUUGAUCAAUUUCUCGCGUUGGCUAAAAUCGUUCAUCAUCAAUGCUGGUGCAAAGAAGAAAUCUGCAUAAACAAGUCUUUGAUGUACAUAUUGUUGAACUAAACAAAUCAAAUUCUCCUGAUCUGUAAUGGUUCAUACAGUACUCUUGGGCACUACAAACAACAAAGCAUGAAUUUAGGGUUACAACGCCAAA